GCGGCAGCUCCAGGCAGGAUCCUGGCUUCCGCUGUCCCGUCUCCAUCCCACCACCCCGGAGCCAUGGAGGUGGCUGAGGCCAACAGCCCCACCGAGGAGGAAGAGGAAGAAGAGGAGGAGGAAGGAGAGGAGUCUACGUCUGAGCCCAGGCCUCACACUCGCUCCAACCCCGAGGGCGCUGAGAACUGGGCCCUGGAGGCUCAGGCCAACGUGGGCAGCCACAGCGAGGGCGUGGACGAGGCAGCCAGUGUGGAUGAUGGGGCCGCCAGUGUCUUGGGAGCCCGGCCCAAGCCCUGGCAGGUACCAGCACCAGCACCUGAGGUCCAGAUUCGAACGCCAAGAGUCAACUGUCCAGAGAAGGUGAUCAUCUGUUUGGACCUUUCAGAGGAGAUGUCUAUGCCAAAACUGGAGUCCUUCAAUGGCUCCAGGACGAACGCCCUGAACGUAUCUCAGAAGACGGUGGAGAUGUUUGUGCGCACCAAGCACAAGAUUGACAAGAGCCACGAGUUCGCGAACAAUGACUGUGCCUGGCUGUCUGGCCUGACCUCUGACCCACGAGAGCUCUGCAGCUGCCUGCAUGACCUGGAGACAGCAUCCUGUUCCACGUUCAAUCUGGAAGGCCUCUUCAACCUCAUCCAGCAGAAGGCCGAGUUGCCAGUCACCGAGAACGUGCAGACCAUCCCAGCCCCCUACGUCGUGCGCACCAUCCUGGUCUACAGCCGCCCUCCCUGCCAGCCCCAGUUCUCCCUGACUGAGCCCAUGAAGAAGAUGCUCCAGUGUCCCUACUUCUUCUUCGACAUCGUUUACAUCCACAACGGCGCCGAGGAGAAGGAUGAGGAGCUGAGCUGGAAGGACAUGUUCGCCUUCAUGGGCAGCCUGGACACCAAGGGCACCAGCUACAAGUAUGAGGUGGCACUGGCUGGCCCUGCCCUUGAGCUGCACAACUGCAUGGCCAAGCUGCUGGCCCACCCCCUGCAGAGACCCUGCCAGACCCAUGCAAGCUACAGCCUGCUAGAGGAGGACGAGGAGGCCGGUGAGGGGGAGGCCACCGUGUGAUCUGUGACCAGUGACCAUGAGGAGA